AUGACGACGACAUUUGAGAACCGUAUGGCAUUGGAAAAGGCAAUUGAUUCCUGUUCGACAAAUGUGCGUCGGUUACGUCGUGAGAAGGACAAUGUUGUCCAAAUGGACGACAUUGCGAACGAAGUGAAAAAGCUCGUGGAAUUACGUAAAGAAUUGCAGAUUUGGAAACAAAAAGAGGACAAUGAAGAGAACAGUCAACAGGAAACGAACGAGAUGAGACUGGAAGAUACGGGAGAGGAGUUGACUAGUGCAGAUGAAUUCGAGCUGGUACAACGUGCAGCGAGGCUUGAGGGGUUAGUGGCAAUGGCACACGAAAAGUUAACGACAUUGGAGACGCAAGUUACGCAGUUUCAACGCAGUAAACAGGCUUUGGCGUACUUAGUAGAGCAUGAGCAGAGGAAGAAUGACGAGACUGUGGUUGUGGACGAGACCUUGACGAAAAAGAAACACGUGAUGGAAAAAGUGAGUGGAGAGCAAGUGGUGCAACUGAUGCCGGAGCUGGACGUGGAACAUGCUAAGGUGAAAAAGACCGACAAGAAGACUGAAAAGUUGCAAAAGGCGGUGGAAGUGCUGACUCAGGAGAAGAAUGAGGCUGUUGCCACGUUGACGGCAGAGCUGGAGGACCAGCGGGUCAAGGCUAAAAUCGACAGCCACGAGCGUCAGCGAAAGACAGAGCGGGAAGUUUGUGAUGUACAGGACAAGUUGAAGCAAACGGUUGCAUCGAUUACUCAAGAAAAAGACAAGGCGAUUACUAAGCUGAAGAAAGAGCUCGAGGAGGAGCGCUCUAUUGUAAAGCAGGCGAGCCAGGAAGUAGAGUCUAAGAUGGAGAAGUCUGUUGCUACGCUUCAAGAAGAGAACUUGGAGCUGGAGAGCAAGCUGCAGACUGUAGAGGAGAUUGCUAAAAUCACUCGGGACGAGCUGGACAAGGCUCAGGAUCGGCUGGCAGAAAUCAAAGACGAGAAGGAGACCAGAGAGACGCACCUUGAAGAGCUGUGGAAAAAUACUGAGGACCUUCAGCUUGCAAACAAGAUGCUGACAGAGAAAAACGUGUCAAUUGAGGCCGAUGCAAAGGUGAUUCGUGGUGAGGCCGAAAAGACCAUUGCAGAGCACAUGUCGUACGAGGACAAGACCAGAGUCUUGACUGCCGAAAUUGGAGCAGCUCAGGCCAAACUUGACGUGGCUAAGGCGGAGGUGGAAAAGUUGCAAGGUGAAGUUAAGAGGCUGACGAGUGAAUUGAAUGCUGCCAACUUGAAGUUGUCAAGCUAUGAGGAGCGUAUUGUGACGCUGGAGCAGGAAUUGAAGUCGGCUAACAAGAGAACUCACGAGGUCUUCGCCGAGCUAGAGUCUCUGCGUUCUUCGUCUCAAGAGUUGGAGUUGAAGAGUGUAAGCUCGGAGGAGCGUGUUCAAGCACUUGAAAAGGAGCUGGAGGCAACGAUGAAGAGCACUAAGAACACACUUAUUGAGCUUGAGGCUCUGCGCACAUCUACGAAGGAUACGGAUGUGAGCUUAAACGAGCGGAUCCAGGCUCUGGAGAAGGAGAUCGAGGCGGCGGAACUGAAAACCCAAAAAGUAUUCAUGGAGUGUGGCACCCUCCGUGCGUCGACGCAAGAAGCUGAACGUAUGCACAAGGAAGAGAUUGAGAGGCUAAUGACUCAGAUCUCUGAGCUGCAGACUGCAAGAGAAGGGGUUACGGCAGAGCUUGAAAAGGUGAAGAAUGCUGCGAAGGCUACGCUUGCAGAGAAGGAGGAUACUGCUCGCCAACUGCUUGAGACGAAGGACGAAGCGAACCGACUAAAGCUUGAAAAUGACAAAGCUCAAAGCCAGGUGUUAGGAAAGGAAACACAGGUGAAGAGACUUGCGUCGAACUUGGAGUCACGCACGACCGAGGUGAAGAAAUUGAAGGUCCAGUACGACGAAUUAGUUGCACAGCAUUCGAAUACUAAGAAGGAGCUGCAGGACUUGCAGGGCAUGGCAACGACGAAUGAAGAAUUACUUAAGAAGGCACGUGUGUCGCUACUGGAAGCAAACGAAGAGCUGAAGAAAACUCGUGCCAGUACGCUCAAGUGGAAGAACUCGGCACAGGCAGCCAAGACGUUAAUGAAUGCUAAGAUUGCGGAUGCUGAGAGUGCUAGUAAGCAGCUCAAAAGGGUUCGUGCCGAUCUAUCUUCUGUCAGUUUGGCUCGUUCGCAACUCUCUGUGAGUCUUGAGGCCAAGGAAAAAAAAAUUGCGAAAACGAAACAGGAGCUUGCCAAGGUUCGUGCGGAAUCUGCCGAGGCACUUCGGACCAUUGAGACCGAACAGAAAAAGUUGAAGCAAUUGCAUGCUGCUGAGAUUGAAAAGCUUUGCGAAGUCUCGGACAAGUCGAUGAUGCAACUUCAGGACCAGGUCCAGUCGUAUCGUGUACUACUUUUGGUUAUGGUUUCGAUUGUUAUCGCGUGGUUGGUUUACGCGAAUUUUUUGGACUAA